CUCGAUCCACCUUAUCACAUUGCUAUACCGUCUUUAAUUCGUUUGAACGCAGUGAACGCAUGAACGGCCAGACUCAGCAAGUGCCCGCCAGUGGGAACAUCGAACGACGAAAGGCCGGCAAGUCGAAGUUGCUCCAACGAAGUCUGCUGUAACGUAAUGAGAGCGAUUAUUAAUGGUGCCAGCCAUAAUCAAUUAUCAUUCGAUGUAACAUGCUGUUACGAACGAACCAUGCCAUUGCAUACUUCACGGCGUUUUUAUUUUUCUCACCCCUAUCCUGUUCACCACGGCCCCGAUGCUUCGUUAUCACUUUUGUUUUAUCCACCAGCGGUCGGAUCCACGUGCGAAGGAAAAUUAUCGUUCAUCCCAUUCUACACCGGUGGUUCCAGAGUGAAUGUGAGGUACUUUAAAAUCAACUAGAAAACAUGGGUGUGGAAUGACGUUGACGUCGUCUUCACCGUCGUCGAUUAUCGAACGCAAUACUUGUUCGAUCGAUCGAAGUGCACAUGGAGCGAUUAUUGUUUUCUACUGGAAACGUCGAGCGGAGCGGUUGUGUCAGUUGUGCUGCCGUUGUUUUUAGUAUUCUAUUUAUAUACACGCAAAGCUACGUUUAGAUGAACUUAAUUGUGGCUAUUUUUGGAGUGCUUGUUGCUUAAUCGUCGUACCAAUAACGACGCUUAACAUUCAACUAGACAGACGUGUGUCUGGUGGAUAUACACAGCAAACAGAAAUGUUUGUUAUUAGUAAAGAAACCUGCUUCCAUCGGGUUGGACCAUUCUCGAAACGCAGCAGUUUCAUUUUCCACUCUCAUUUCCCUACUCUAUCAGCUUUCACCGCCAUCAUCCGUAUCGCCACAACUCUCUGUCACGUGGGCCUUUCCACCCGUGGGACACUCACCCGACAUUUUGCCCGAGGACGCAGAUGCCAGUGAUUUGAGCACGGAGCCACAUCCGGAAGUUAUUAGUGUUCCGCCGUUACACGAUGGCGCUGGUGGUGCGGUGCGUUCUCCAACUGUCGGAAACGACCCGUCGGCAAAGGUGUCCGUGGAACAACAGCGUGUCAAGCGCUCAGUGAAAGCUUUCUGUACGGUCGGGACCGGAAGCGUUAUGAAAUCACCGGACGCCCCGGGAGGCACGUUCUUUGGAGGUGACGCUGGUUCUGGCAUUCGCUGUGAGUCGGACGAUGAUGAGGACUAUUCCGCCAGUAUUAAUGCGAUCAUUCAACGAAAAGCAAGUGUUAAGAAAAAGCGCGGAGGUUACAAAGGAGUACAUCAUCGACGAACUUCGAGUCCGGCCAGCCAGAUGAUGGGACUGGCAUCGGAACCGAUGGCCGAUGGGCGACGUCGAUCAAGCGUCUAUACUACCAGCUCGGGUGAAACGGGAAUCACACUGCCCGGGGAUGACCACUCGAUUGGACGCGAUGAAUCCGCCGGACGGCAGGAUAAACUGUUCGACACCAUUCGGCUCCACAAGGAGGUACUGCAGACGGUCAAACUGCAGCCAAUUAGCAUGAAGCGGAAGUUACGACUCGUACAGCAAGCGAAAAGUUACAUUACCCGACAUGAAGGAGCCUUGCAGGAACAUUUUACCUCCCGUACGGCACGCAGUUUGCUGGCACAGUUCAAUAUCUUUCUCACCACGAAAUGGCAACAACUGCUGCGAGAGCUCGCCAAUCUGGCCACCUACCUGAUACCGUGGGAAUCACGCAUCAAGGAAAUUGAAUCACACUUUGGCUCUGUCGUUGCCUCGUAUUUCACCUUUCUCCGUUGGUUGUUCUGGGUGAAUGUUGUCAUCUCGGUGUUGCUGGUCGUGUUCAUUAUGGUACCGGAGGAGAUUUACGUCGAUCCGGUAAAGGCCAAAUGUGACAUCCGGAAGACCAUGUCUAAGCAAGAGUUAGCCCUAACGCGAAAUUUCAGCACGAUCUGGGAGUUUGAAGGUCAUCUUAAGUAUUCACCGUUAUUUUACGGCUACUAUUCCACCUUCUCCGGAGCGAUUGCAUGGGGUUACAAUCUUCCUUUGGCUUACUUCUUCACCGGGCUGGUCGUGUACAUUUACAGCUUUGUAGCCACGUUAAAAAAAAUGGCUGAAAACUCGCGAAUGUCAAAAUUAUCCUCCAAAGACGAUGAGUACGUGUUUUCUUGGAAACUUUUCACCGGUUGGGACUACAUGAUUGGCCAUAUGGAGACGGCCCAGAAUAGGAUGGCAUCUAUUAUACUGGGCUUUAAAGAGGCACUCUUGGAGGAGGCCGAAAAGAAAAAGGAUACGCGAAACUGGAAGAUUAUUCUGCUGAGGAUCCUGGUAAACUUUCUCAUACUAGGACUGCUAGUUAUCUCCGCGUACGAGGUCAUUCUGGUUGUGAAACGAUCGAUGGACAUCAAGGAAUCCGAUUCGUGGUGGAGACGAAAUGAAAUCACUGUCGUCAUGUCGCUCAUCUCGUUCUUCUUCCCGAUGAUUUUCGAGGCCCUUGGCAUCAUCGAGUACUAUCAUCCAAGGAAACAGCUUCGUAUACAGCUCGCCCGGAUUAUGGUGCUAAACAUGUUGAAUCUAUACUCACUUAUAUUCGCUCUGUUCGACAAAAUUGCACACAUGACGGGGGAGUUGCGUAGAAUGAAACCAACCAACUUUACUUCGUCGGCUUCUUCGUGCUUUCUACCGGAAUCGGGUGCCAAAUGGAAUGUAACACCUGCCGGUGAGCUACAGUCCGAGCGAUCAUUCCUGUUGGAAAUGUUGGCGGAUUUUAACCGAAGUGGUGUCGGACCGGGCACUAUGUUAGCUAAUGGGAGUAACUGUUUUCGAGUUCCUUUUAAUUGUACGGAAGUUACUAGUACGGCUACGCUGUUGACUACACUGCUACUGACAAGCAUGUCCACCACAACGGUUCCAGAGCAAUCCAGCCCUACGACGGCAUUAGCAUCGAGUGAGUUGCCGACCACGAACUUCAAUCCAACCACAUGGAAAGGUUAUCGUUCGCCUUAUGAUGGAUACGACUACGACGAGGAGGAUAUGGACUAUUAUUUGGAGUAUCGCGCCCGUCUUCUACCCAAUGACAAGCUCGAGGGUGUUCCGAUUAAUAAACGUGAAGCCGUUUACGAACUCCUCAGCGAACGCAACGAAACCACCAUAAGUGAAAAUGAUGAUAACAACUUUUUAGAUAAUGUUACUACAGUUCAAAGCACUGCUGUUCCUACAGUCAGCACGGAAGACUUUCAAACAAUGACAUAUACUGAGCUUCACAGUUAUGUGACUGGAAGAUAUAAUGAUUUUUUGGCCUCUUAUUACUACGACUCAGAUGCAGAUGAUGGUCUGGAACAAACGGAAAGCGAUGACGAAGAAGAAGAGUACAGGUUAAAUCAAUUUUUAACGUCGGAAGAAGCGAACAUCCUCCAUUCUUCUACAACUACCGAACAAUUUGAUCUGGUACCGGAAUUUACAACAGAACCAAACACUCCUGGAGAACUCCUCUCCACUGCAGAACAGCUGCUAACAGAUUCAACAACAGACAAGAAUGUGGAAAAGUUUUUUGCAACACAAAUUAAUACAUCACCGACUACACAGUAUGAUAGUGAUGUUACUACGCAGUUCUCCGGAGUUGAAGAAAAUAUCUAUGCGACAACUGCCGAAACACCAAUUGUUGGAAAGGGAACGUGGCAAACAGAAAGCACCGGUGAAGAAGAAUUAUUGUUUACUACUGAAACGCCAAAUCUAUGCUAUCGUUGGGUUUGUCUACCGGGCAACUUACAGACCCCGGAGAGUCAGGAAAGCAAGUAUCGAAACGCGGACAUUCGUUCAUUGUGCUGGGAGACGAUGUUUGGACAAGAGUUGGCAAAAUUAACGGUAAUGGAUUUGAUAGUGACGAUAGUGUCGACUCUGAUUUUAGAUUUUCUGAGAGCUCUUUUUGUGCGGUUCAUGAACAGUUGCUGGUGCUGGGAUUUGGAGAAGAAGUUUCCCAAAUAUGGAGACUUCAAAAUAGCAGAAAAUAUUUUGCAUCUCGUAAACAACCAAGGCAUGGUAUGGAUGGGCAUGUUCUUCUCGCCAGGUCUCGCCGUAUUGAACAUCGCUAAGCUAGUGAUCAUACUAUAUCUGCGUUCGUGGACCGUUCUAACGUGCAAUGUUCCACACGAGGUCGUCUUUCGAGCUUCUCGUUCAAACAACUUCUAUUUCGCACUACUGCUAACCAUGCUCUUCCUUUGUGUACUUCCCGUAAGCUACGCCAUCGUGUUCCUUGAGCCAUCGUGGCACUGUGGACCGUUCUCAAACUCGAACCGCAUCUAUCACCUUCUCACGAAUGCCACCGAACAAAUAGUACCGGAGAUGAUUACCAAGUACAUUGUGUCACCGGCUGCCGUCAUUCCACUGCUCGUGCUACUCAUCCUGAUUAUCUACUAUCUCAUCUCCCUUACCGGGUCGUUGCGUGAAGCGAACCAAGAUCUCAAGCUACAGCUGCGCAAAGAACGAACCGAAGAGCGAAGAAAAAUGUUUAAAAUUGCCUCAAGCACACAACAACAAACAGCGGGCACCGGAAUGACGGGCAUCAAUGGACUCUCAAGCUCCUGGCAUAAAGUGCUCGAUUCCACGCAACUCCGCCUCCAGUCUACAACGGAUAAUGCAACCGACUCGGAGAACUCCAGCUCGAAGCGUAAAGAACUGCUACAACGCAUGAUGAAGAAAGCAUUGCAGAAAGAAAGCUCCCUCGGUUCGGAAGUAGAGCCUGCAGCUGGUGCGCAACAGAGUUUGACUGCCGAGUCUCCGUUACCGAUCUCACCGCCCGUCAUUGGAACGAUUAACGAAAAGAAUCGACCCGCUGUACAGGCGAAACCAACGGCUAAAGAGCCCAAGGAUGCUAGCGACUCGGAUGUGUUUCGUUUCGAUCGUCGUGCAGUAGAACACAUGAACCGCCAAGCUGGUGAAGAAGAAGCGGGUCACGGCAUUAAUGAAGGUGAAAAUGGUAGAAAAAAGUUCGAAAGAACGCGCCCAUCAACGGCAGAACGGUUCCGAAUGGCGGCGCAGGCCGAACGACGGCGCCAACAAAAUAAACUGGCAGCAGGAAAGAUGGCGGAUAAAACUGCCGAUUGGAUUGAAAAGAUUCCAGUCAUUACGAUCAGCAAAACAUCGAGCGAUGAAUGCAUCAUCGAUUCUGACCUAGACGAUCCAAAUGAUCCUGCUGUUGCGACGAGUACGGAAUUCAGCGCUGAACGUCGAAAGGAACUUUCGCCAUCAAACAAGAAACCGUCUGCGGCGAGCUAAAGUGCAAUCGUUGUAUUUUGAACAUUUACUUACCUAAUCCGUACGUCGUAUGUGAAGCAAACAAGCAUUCGUGUGAUCUCAGUGUGCACUACUUUUUGAUGUGUAUUUAUUAUUAUUACUUUAGGAACUUGAAAGAUUUAGAUGUUGUUAGGCAAUUUUCAGAACUUUAACACAUAAUAUAUUGGAUGUUGGGCGUUUUAAACCGAUUUAUGAUAAAGCGACGAAA